GCCCGAGGCGGGUGGGUAGCAACGAGCGACGCUGAGGAGGCGGCGGGCGGCCCCGCACCUCUGUGGGAACUGUUGUUCUUUCGGCAUUCCGCGGUCGUGGCGAAGCGCGGGAAAGUGGAGCGGCUUGGACUAUAAUUACCCACCAGCGAACCGGGGUGCCGGCGUGUUGGGCAGCGCCGGCCGCUGCCCCGUGAACCGGCGGCGUCCUCAUGCGGCAGCCCCGCGGGGAGUCCGCCUUGAUAAAGUCCCUGGAGCGGUACCAGAGGCGCCUUCGAGAGCGUUCUAAUGAAAGCAUCCACCAACUGAUAUGUGUCUUAGAGGAGAGAGAGGCUGCAGAGGGUGAAGCUGGAUGCUCUGUGGACAAGGGCAGUGGAGAUGUGGACAGGGACAGCAACAACAGCAGGAAUGCAGCCUGGCAAGAGCUGCAGCUCAGUCAGGCAGUAGAUCAACAUACAACUUUGUUGCAACAUCAAGAAUCUAUGGAAGGUGAAAUCUGUCCCCCAAGGAAGAUGUCGUUCUGGAACCCCCCAGAAGCUGCCAUUGGAGAUGCACCAGCCCUUUCUGAUCUCAUUCCUAUAAUCAAUGACCAGUCACAGUACAUUAACCAUUUAGAAGCAGAAGUGAAGUUUUGCAAGGAGGAAUUGGCAGGGAUGAAAGAUCAAGUACAAGUAGUUGUAACUGAAAAUGAGGACCUCCGUCAGAAGCUGAAAUUCUUACAUGCAGAACAUCUGUUGAGAGAACAAACUCUUCUAGAAGCCUCGACAAAUACUCAGAAGUCCUGGCCUGUAGGUGGCAAUGACAACAGCAUGCGUCAGCCUGUCACUUCAUCACCAGCAUGUAACAAAAAUCAGGCUUAUGUUACACCAGCUGUUGGAGAAUUACAAAAAUGGCCUGUAGAACUGGAAAAAAUAAAACUUUUGUAUGAGGAAAAAGUUAAUAUCCUUGGUGAUCAAGUAGAGUCUCUAAGGAAAGACCUUUCAGUGUCUCAGAAGACAUGCAAAGAAUUGGAAGGAAGGCUAAAACACCAGAAGUCACUUGUUUCAGCCAAAAAUUCUAGUCGUGUUGGUGGUCUGUGUUUGAACUGUGCACAACAUGAGGCAGUUCUUGCAAAGACUCACUGUAAUGUUCACAUGCAGACCAUUGAGAGGAUAACAAAAGAAAGAAAUGAUUUGAUGGAUGCACUUGUUUCACUGAGACAAAAAAUGAAUGAGAUGAAGCAAAGAGAAUCCAAUGCUUAUGAGCAAGUUAAACAAGCAGUGCAAAUGACAGAAGAGGCCAAUUUAGAAAAAACAAAGGCUCUAGUCCAGUGUGAUCAGCUAAAAAGUGAGAUGGAACGGCAGAAAUACGGCCUUGAAAAGGAAUUAGCUGCCCAGAUAAGUAAGAGAAAUGAUGAAAAAGAAGCACUGCAAGAGGAACUGAAGAAGGAAAAGGAGAAUGUUGCAGCAUUGAUGAUGAGUGUGACAGAGAGGGUGGCCUUAUUGGAGGCUGAUCUAGAGAGACUUCAAAGGGAAAAGGACUCUCUAGUUAACCAGUUAGAAGAAUCACAACGUCAGCUUGCAUCUCAUGAAAUGGAGAUGAAUAAGGUGUGUGGAGAAAUGCGCUAUCAGUUGAAUGAAAGCAAAAUGAAGAAGGAUGAGGCAGAAAAGGAGCUCAGAGAGUACAGAGCAAAAACUAUAAGGGAGCUUGAAGUUAAGGACCAGAAAAUAAAAAAACUGGGAUUAGAGCUGAAUGGAAACAAACAGCGUUUGGAACAAGCCCAGCAGGAUGUGACAGGAGCCAAAGAGGAGUGCGUAAAACUGACAGAACUGCUGAGUAAAUCUGAGCACCAACUGCACCUCACCAGGAUGAAGAAACAGAGCAUUGAGCAAAGCAUUAGCAAUAAAGCAAAGGCCCAAGCCCUUCAGGCCCAGCAAAGAGAGCAGGAGCUUACACAGAAGAUGCAGCAAAUGGAGGCCCAGCAUGAGAAAACUGUAAAGGAACUGGAUUCAUUGCUGACUUCCCAGAAUACAUUCACAGCAAAAUUAAAGGAAGAAUGUUGCAUGUUGGCAAGGAAGCUGGAACAAAUGUCAGAAAAACACAGAUCUGAAGUCAACCAGCUUAGUCAGGAAAAAGAGUAUCUUCAUGGCAGAUUGGAGAAGAUGCAGAAACGGAAUGAUGAAUUGGCCCAACAGUGUAUCCAGCAUGGGAGAAUGCAUGAGAGGAUGAAGGCAAGGUUAAAGCAGCUUGACAAGCACUGCCAGGCCACUGCCCAGCAGUUAGUGGAGUUGCUUAACAAACAGAAUCAACUCUUCAAAGAGAAGCAUCUGCUAACAGAAGAGGUGCAGUUUCUGCGAGCACAGGGGAAAAAAUGGGAUGCAGAUCUCAAACAGGACACAGAUGGAAUCAAGUAAAAACCUGGAUGGAUAAAGAGAAAUGAGCACAAGUCUGCUGGGCUGAGGCUUACCCAAGACACCUCUGCAGAAAACAGGCACACUUCCUCACUAACUUCAACUGGUUUCUAUUUGUUUUUAACUUCAGAAUCGUAUUUUUAAGCAUUCCCACCCUACCAAACUUUCUAGGACAGCCAAGAGUUUUAUGAAAAGUUCAUUUUGCAAGCUGGCAUGAAAAGCUAUUAUGUAUUGUGGACUUAAUUCAUAAUUAUACUGUAUCAUUUUUAAUAAAGUAUUUUUUCCUAUUUUUAUAGCUAAACAUAGAUGCCUUAUUUACAGACUGAAAUACCAAUAAACUGAAUUGGAUUUUUUUUU